AUGUGUAAACUUCAAACAACCUUUCUGCUAGCUCUAUUCGGAUGGUUAGCCCUGGGCCUGCCAGUCGCCCCGGGGGCAGCCGCAGUUGCUGCUAGCGCUAGCUCUGCAGCGGCCGGUCCCCACCGGCGGCUGCAAACCGCCGCUGCAACUCAGACUAAAGCCAUGCAGGAGGUGUGCACGAACACCUGCUCAAAGGCCAGGAACGGCGUCUGUGAGGAGGGGAGGCCGGGCAAGGUGGCGGCCAACAACGCGCCCUUCGUGAUGGCGUAUUGCGACCUAGGGACGGAUUGUGAUGACUGUGGGCCGUGGAAGACGUCGGCCAGGAACAUCUCCUGGCUCACCACCCGCAACCCGGGGCCCAUCAGGUUCCUUCAGAGCCGGGACGUCCAGGUUCGGGUUAAGGCAGCGGCUGUGCCCGCCGAUAUUGCCUUCAGCUUCGCGUACACCGACCCCAAAAGUGACUUUGACGUGUCGUACCACAUGGAAUCUUCGGGCAUGGUGGAGGCGGGUAUCACCGCGAUUACUUACAAGCUGCUCCACGAGCGCUGUGUGAAGCCGGACGGCGGUCGGGCCCUCUUCGUGGAUGUGGGAGCCAACUUCGGCUGGUUCGCGCUGCUGGCGGCCCGACUGGGGUGCAGGGUAAUUGCCUACGAGCCCGUACCCCUCUUCAGGUCCUUCUUCGAGUUCAGCGUCCUUCUGAACGACCUGUCUGACCUGAUCGAUAUCCGCACUAACGUGAUGAUGUCACCUCGCACGUGGAGCACCUCCAGCAUCAUAAGGCCCUGUAGGCCGCAGCACCCUUCCCGGCAGGUCGCUAACAGGACCUUGCCUCGCGACAUGCCGCCGCUGCUCCACACCUCCCGUGACAAAGAGGCCAUCGAAGUGCCCAGUGUGCGCCUGGAGGACGACGUGAAGGAAGAUACCCUGCUGCUGAAGAUCGACGUGGAAGGUUGGGAGUGGUCAGUUGUUCAGGGCGCCGCCGCCUACUUGGCGAAGUACGACGUGGAGAAUGUGAUCAUGGAGUACUCCCCGGGUGUCCCGGAGCGGCACUUCAAGUGGGACCACAUGGCGGCCACUCCGGCCAUGUUGAUUACCCUGGAUAACCUCAAAUACGACGUUGAGGACGUGAAGCGCUGGCAGGCCGGCACGAUGGCCUGCCCCGUGCCGCCGGAGCUGCAGCAGUACAAACUGUGGUCCCUAUGCGGAGGGGUACCGGAGGGUCUGAACCCCCGUAGCCUCAGGUCCGAGAUUGGCCACAACACCAACAUUUGGUGCAGCAAGGGCCAAGGCCUCAAGUUCCUGACGCUUCAGGACGUGGUGGGGAUACUGCACCCCAACGACCCGACCACCAAGUACUUCCAAACCAACCCUAUGAACUUUGGAAUGGGCAGUCGGCCCUGCCACUACCUGGAGCCCGACGUGCAGGUAAAGCACCGUUGUAACUGUACCAAGCUCGCCAUCUGCGGCCAGGAGCAGGAGGCGGCAAUGAAGGCUGCAGCGGAGGGAAGGAUCUCCCAAAACUACGUACUGCCGUAG